AAGAGAGAGAGAGAGAGAGACAGAAAGCAAGGCAGAAAGAGAGAACAAUUCACUCGGUGAAUUGCUUGCAAGCUUGGGGCUGAUAAUUAGGGAUCUCAGGAGAGCAGUUUCUCAGAAUAACGUGCUCUCCUUCAAAUGGACCGAAUGGAGACAGUGGUUCAGUCCUGCUGAUAUUUUUUAAGCCCUCCUCGCAGUUUGAUGGGCAUUCCCAGUGCUUUUGUGCACGUCUCGGAAAGCGUUGACGUGGAAGGGAGCAGCGAGGAGGGGGAGGUUGGAGGAAAAAACUGCAGCUCCUCUAAAAACACGGAGGGCAUGCGAGGGAGCGAGCAGGCUGGGGAGGAGGGCGAGGCGGGCGCACCUCGCACCAUGUUCCCCCGGUGCCGGCGCGGCGCAGUUUCGGAGAUGUCUCUCCUGUGACUGGACGCACCAUGAGCAUCUGGGAGCUGAUCCUGGCUUUCGUGGUGGUGGUGCUGAUGCUCGUGGCCCUGCUGGCCAACGUGCUGGUGCUGCUGUGCUUCCUGUACAGCGCCGACAUCCGCAAGCAGGUCCCGGGAUUGUUCAUCCUCAACCUCACCUUCUGCAACCUGUUGAUGGCUGUUUCCAGCAUGCCCCUGACCUUGGCCGGGAUCAUUUACAAGAGUCAACCAGGAGGAGAUCCGAUCUGCCAAGCUGUGGGCUUCCUGGAGACUUUUCUCACCACGAAUUCCAUGUUGAGCAUGGCAGCUUUGAGCAUUGACAGGUGGAUCGCUGUGGUCUUCCCUCUAAGUUAUCACUCCAAAAUGAGGUACAGAGAUGCUGCUCUCAUACUGAGCUACACGUGGUUGCACUCGGUGUCGUUCCCGAUAGUGGCAGCUUCUCUCUCCUGGGUGGGUUUCCAUCAUCUCUAUGCCUCCUGCACCCUGUACAACAAGAGACCAGAAGACAGGACACAGUUUAUGAUUUUCACUGGGGUCUUUCACGCUCUCAGCUUCCUCCUCUCACUUAUAAUCCUGUGUUUCACAUAUCUAAAAGUGCUGAAGGUGGCACGGUUUCACUGUAAGCGGAUUGACGUGAUCACUAUGCAGACCCUGGUGCUGCUUGUGGACAUCCAUCCCAGCGUGAGAGAGCGUUGUCUGGAAGAGCAAAAGAGGCGGAGGCAGCGAGCAACAAAGAAAAUAAGUACCUUUAUUGGUACCUUCAUACUUUGUUUUGCACCUUAUGUAAUUACAAGACUUGUUGAAUUAUCCUCCGUGGUCCACAUCAGUUCCCACUGGGGAAUCAUUUCCAAGUGCUUGGCUUACAGCAAAGCUGUUUCAGACCCUUUUGUGUACUCUUUGCUCCGGCAUCAGUACAAGAAGACGUGGAAGGACAUCAUAAACAAGGUCCUCAAGAGGAGCUCCAUCAACUCCUCCGCCCUCACGAGCGAGUCGCACAACCCGAAUAUAUCGCAGCUGAACGAGUGAGGAGCCUGGUAUGGGACCUAAAAGACAUAAAACAUGAUAUAUGUGGAACAAAACUCAAUGGCCUAUCCCUAGUAGCUCUCCUCAGCUGUCCAGGUUUUGGGAGGCAGUCAUGGACAGGGUCAGUGCCAGCCCAUGUCCCUCCAGCAGCCCACGCUAACACCUUAGGGAGUCAGGCUGCUUUGGACCUCCUGCCUCUGACUGGAAGAGCACUAUUGAUCUGUGGUCCUGCAGGCUUCAUAAAUACAAAUCUCCCAUUGAUUUCCAUCAGCAGUUGCAUCCAUAGAUAAAAAGCUAGUCCUCAGCAGAAGGGCUCAUGAAAGGAAUGGGAGCAAACUGGUGUCAUCAUAAGAUUAUUCUAAAGAGCUGCACAGGGGUGUUUGUGCUGUGUUUUUCACUGGCUGCAGUUAAAGCUCCCCCUGAUGUAGCUGCCAACAUGGCUUUACAAAACCCACCCCAGCCUAGUUGCUUGAGAAGGAUGUGUAUAGAAAAAAAACUUAAUGGAAAAAGCUUAAAAAAAAAUAAAAAUCCUUAUCUAAAUAUUAGUCCAGCGCCCAACACAGCUUUCAGCCUUUUCAUAUAUAUAUAUUUUUUGGAACAAUCCUGUAGAAUUUAAGAAAAACCACUUUUGAAGUAUGCUACAGGGUGGAUUCAGCCAUAUCUACUCUAAAUUUUAAGGGAGUUUACACAAAAUCCCACUAAUUUUCUCCCCCUUGGAUUUUAGAAAAAUUCAUAAGGUAGACAGAGUGGAAAGGUCAGGAUACCUCCUGCCUAAUUCCAUAUAUCUGAGCUAUAAAGAACUGAAUUUUGCCCAAAUCUGCAGAACUGGGCCCUGUGCCCAGGAGAAAAAAAAAAAAUCCUUUUCCUGAGGAGUUAUUAAUCAUAGUUUUUUUACUACUUAAAGGAAAGAUGAACCUAAAUCUGAAUUUAAAGUAUAAUUUUCAAAGCAAGUGGAGGAAAAAUAAUAGGCCUCCACUCCACCAUGAAAGUGGGGCCAAUAAUCUGGACCUCAGGAGAUUUCAGUCCAAAUUUUUACAGCUCUAGAUUGCAGUUAUGCAUAGGGACAUUAUUAACAUUUCCCAUGCCUUCAGAUGCAUGCCUAGAUUUAGAAUAGCCUUGGUUAAUUAGGCUUCAUGUAUGCAAUGGCAGUUUAAAUAACAGCUGACACAGCUGGCUGUGCUACCACCUCCCCUUGCUCAUAUUCCUACUGUCAAUCCCAUACUGAGAAAACACAGCCGGGAUCAUAUUGAGAAAAUAAGAGCCCACGUCAUAAAAAUGAGGGAUUACUUUUUAGUUAACACCUACUGUCAUCCCAGAAAAGGGCUCGAUAAGUUGCAAAAAAUACCCACUGUUGAAUUUUCUGGCCUCUGAUUCAAAGCCCAGACAGGGAACUCAGUGAGGGGCUUCACCCCAAAGCUGGUGAAUGUGGGGUACCACCUCUGUUAUCAAUCUGGAGAGCCUUGACUUAGCCCUCGCCCUGGCAUGGGCUACAGCUGCAAGGAACCACGUUAAUCUGUGAAUUUACAUAGUCAUCUGCUCUGUCAAUGGAAGAAUUUAUAUGAUGAAGAUCAUAAAGAGCCACGUAAAUAAAAAUUUUUAGCUUAAUUACUAUUCAGCUAUAAAAAUAACACAAUUACAAUAAAAUCGACACACUAUUAUAAUCAAAGAUUUUAAGUUCUUACAACACUGCAUUCAAAUUAGCCCUCAGCCAGAUUAAAUAGUCUACCUCAUCUUAAUUAUUUUCUUUCUUAGGCUUAACAUAAUUUUCUCAGGUGCAAUAGAUAAAGACACCCAGCUUAAUACUUGUUUCUUAAGAAAUUCAAGUCAUUUUGAUGACUGGAGUGUAUCGGAAAACAUGAGUUUAAAAAAGAUAAAACGCUUUAUAUCGAUUCAUUAUGUGUUUUGCUAAGAUCACUUUUACUAAAUUGCCCCAGGAUGGUUGUCAAGGUCCACAACUGCUGUUAACUUAUACAUGGGCCCUGUUGCCAAAGUCAGUGGGAGGUUUGUAUGUUGAUAAGGUUAACUCCAGAAGGAUUUAAAAUUUCAAAUUUAAAGAGAGUAAGAUAAUUUCCUAGGAAAAACCCCCAACUAUUCUACAUUUAGGAUAUCUAUUAAAAGACAGAGAAAAAUACAGCAUUGGACUUGUCUCAUUAUGCUUGUGCAUCACAGUCAGUCACCGGUUGAUUUACGUGUCACCAUGAGCAAUAAAUCUCUCCACUUGUAUAUGUUUAAAAAUUUGUCUUUCUUUCAUGGUGCCUUUCUUCUGUAAUUAAUCUUAUACCAGAGAAUAGAUAUAAUUUCCCCUUCCUUGCAUCAGCUCUCCGACACACUGUCAUAUUUCCACCACCUGAAGCAAGCGAGAGUUGUAAAUGCUGGUGCUUGACAAACUGCCUCAGUACACAAAAUAAAAGUGAUGCCCUGAUG